GCCCGCGUUGGACCGCGCAGAGGCUGGAGAAACCACCCCGCGUCCAGCAGCGGGUAUAAAGAGCCCGGCUGCGUCUGGGCCUCUCAGGGGUAAACGCUAGCCGUCGGUCAGCAUCCCUACCUAGUACCCGUCAGGACACCACGAAGAUGGCACCCGUUGGGGGCAAAAAGGCCAAGAAGGGCAUCCUCGAACGUUUAAAUUCCGGAGAGGUUGUGAUUGGAGAUGGAGGGUUCGUCUUUGCCCUGGAGAAGAGGGGCUAUGUAAAGGCAGGGCCCUGGACCCCGGAAGCUGCUGUGGAGCACCCCGAAGCAGUUCGCCAGCUUCACCGAGAGUUCCUUAGAGCUGGAUCGAAUGUCAUGCAGACCUUCACCUUUUAUGCGAGUGAAGACAAGCUGGAGAACAGGGGAAACUACGUUGCAGAGAAAAUAUCUGGGCAGAAAGUCAAUGAAGCUGCUUGUGACAUUGCCCGGCAAGUGGCCGAUGAGGGAGACGCUUUGGUAGCAGGAGGCGUGAGCCAGACACCUUCAUACCUCAGCUGCAAGAGUGAAACCGAAGUGAAAAAAGUAUUUCAGCAACAGUUAGAGGUCUUUCUGAAGAAGAAUGUGGACUUCUUAAUUGCAGAGUAUUUUGAACAUGUUGAAGAGGCUGUGUGGGCAGUUGAAGUCUUGAAAUCAUCUGGAAAACCAGUGGCAGCAACCAUGUGCAUCGGCCCAGAGGGAGAUUUGCACGGCGUGACCCCUGGCGAGUGUGCAGUGCGCCUGGUCAAAGCAGGAGCCUCCAUUGUGGGCGUGAACUGCCAUUUUGACUCCACAAUUAGUUUGCAAACAGUGAAACUCAUGAAGGAAGGCCUGCAGGCCGCCCGGCUGAAAGCCCACUUGAUGACUCAGCCCUUGGCCUACCACACUCCCGACUCCGGCAAACAAGGAUUUAUCGAUCUGCCAGAAUUCCCCUUUGGUCUGGAGCCCAGAGUUGCGACCAGAUGGGAUAUUCAAAAAUACGCCAGAGAGGCCUACAAACUGGGGGUCAGGUACAUUGGCGGGUGCUGUGGAUUUGAGCCCUACCACAUCAGGGCGAUUGCAGAGGAGCUGGCUCCAGAAAGGGGCUUUUUGCCACCAGCUUCAGAGAAGCAUGGCAGCUGGGGAAGUGGUUUGGACAUGCAUACGAAGCCCUGGGUUAGAGCAAGGGCCAGGAAGGAAUACUGGGAGAAUCUUCGGAUAGCCUCAGGCAGGCCAUACAACCCUUCAAUGUCAAAGCCAGACGCCUGGGGAGUAACCAAAGGAACCACUGAGCUCAUGCAGCAGAAAGAAGCCACGACUGAUCAGCAGCUGAAAGAGCUCUUUGAAAAACAGAAAUUCAAAUCUGCUUAGUAGCCUCAGUGGAACCCAAUUUUGUGAAUUCCUCUGUCGGGGCCACCGUUCUCAGAAAUAAGGAAAAGGUAGUUUAAAAAGCAAUGCCAUAUUAAUGCCAGCCUACACAUAAAAUUGUUAUGAGCUGAACAAAACAGAAUCACAAAUAGCACCUGACAAUUUUAAAAGUACGUUUUAGAAGUUUUCUUAGAAGCGAAAUAAGUAAACAGUAAAUCUUAAGCUGGUAUACACCAUGUAUAAGGUAUUAAGGAAAAGUAAUUCGGACAUUAAUCCCACUUCAAGAAGUUCGCGGGCUAGCAAGGAGGAUGAGAUGUGAACUGUCAUAGAUGGCUCAGCAGCCAGACAGGGACAGAUAAAGUGCUAUAGGGAAGUGACUUCCAAGCUCCUCUGAACAUGACCCUUAGCAAGAAACACAAUUUAUAUAAUGACCCGAGUAAAGCACAUAUCAUACAACCAUUGAAAUAAAAUGUGUGAUCUGUUCGGGUAUUUUCUAUCCCAUUCCUUUCCAUCCUAUUUCAUUAAUAAAACAUGCUGGUUGAGAUCCCUCAAAUUGAUCUCAUGACCUAUUAAUGGGUGUUGGCCCACCACAGUUUGUAAAACACUGCCAUGCAUCACUUCAGCUCUGGGGACUUUCCAAGUUUUUAAAGUUUAUUCUUAGAAGGUUAGUCAUAUGGGACCUGACCAGUAGGAUCCAAAGCCCAGAUUCCUGCUCUCAGAGUUACAGAGUUGUUCUCUUUGCUGACCCAUUUUGACUGGUGAGAAACAUACGUACCAACAGAGAGGGGGUGAGAAGCGGUUGGUAUCCAGGCCCUGUCCAUCCUACUCAAAAUGAUCUACCGAAAUGCCUCCCCUCGGUAAGGCUGAGGAGCAAUGAGCUUGUGUUGCUUUGAUAGCUUAAAGCACAAUAAAGAAAAAAAAUAGAGAUUCUCCAAUCUUUACCCAGGUUUCCUAGAUUGAGAGCUAUGAUAUUUUUACCCGAUAAUAUCUACUCUCCUAUGAGAGCUCAAUUCUAAAGAUGCAAGACCAUUAGAAUAAACAUGGCUACUCUUCAUGGAUUAGGAAAGAAUUCAUGCUGCUUUCUAAACAUUCUUGGAUUGGUUUAGCUGUUUUGAAAUUUUAAUUUCUUCAGCUAUUAAAAAAAAGAACAUUGAGACUAUCUUGGUUAUAUUAGAUUCUUAUUUUCAUUCUGUAAUUUGCUAAGUCCUUUAUGAAAGCUCUAUGCCUCAGUUUACCCAUCUACUAAAAAAAAUACUAUCUUUCAUCUUCACAAGUAUGCUGGAAUUUUAAAGGAGAAGGCAGCAGUAUUUAAAGGGAAAAGAAAUUUCCAGAAUUUCUUACAAAACGAAUGAGCAAUCCACCUCUCAUAUCCCCCAAUGCAUAGAAAUAGUGCCAAAGCAGCACAACUCUCAGAGGCUGCAUACGGCUGAUGUGAAAUUAGAGGAAAGUGACUGCUACAUUGUUUUUCAGUUGCCAUCUACCUUUUCUCACUCUCAAAUCAGGUUCAAUUCAAUAUUUAAUACUUUCAUUCAUAGAUGACAGAAACUUUUAUUCAACUGUUCUAUUAUUGUGUAAGAUGCUUGUCCCUUUGGUAUUCUUUUCAGAACUUUAUUGCUACACAAAGCGUUGUAACCUCUAAUCAUUCUUAUAGCCUUUGAUUUUAAAAGCAUUUCCUUCAAAAGGAAGUACAUUGAAAAGUGCUUGAAAUAAACUAUAUGUCAACACUGCCUCCUUGUGGCAUAUUUCAUAUUUUGAAUUUUCUUUUUUAAUUCAGUCCCUUUUCCAAGAGCAUUCAUUUUAUUUCCAGAAAUCUUGUUCUUUAAAAGGGAAGGCUCCUUUAAUACCUAAGAAUUUCUUUAUCUUAAACAGACAUUUCUCACCGAUAAAGAUAUUUUUUAUGGAAUCAGAGCCAGAGAGACUUUAGAGAUCAAGAGUCCACACUCUCCCUUUAAAAAAUAAGAUUACUAAGGCAGGGUACCAAGUCAGGAAUGACUUCUUACUAGUCCAAGGCUGCCAAGAAAGAUGGCUUUAGCUUGGAUUCUUGGUAGAAGGAGAGCGGAACCAGGACAGAUAGUUCGCAAAACUGAGUUCAUCUUCCAGCCAGGAAAUAAAAUAAAUAUCCCUGCAUUACUCAGAGUCAAUGUAAACUCACUGAAUAAACCAUUGGCAAUUUAUGGCCUGACACUUCUCUACACUGUAGCAAAGCACCUCUGGUAAGGAAACCAUGCCAACAGCAGACCCAUAAUAAGACAACUGGACAAGAAGGGAUCAAAAGCUUCAGUUCCCAACUUCUCCAGAGGGGGGCAGCAAGUCACCAGCAGGGAAUGCCUAAAUAUGUAGCUCCCUUUUGCUUUGAACGUAAGCUAUUUCAUCAGAAUAAACUGUAACAUCAAGUGGCAGAAA